AUGGAAACAAACUCACAUAGUCAAAUCCUACAAAUUAACAAACUAGCAACCUAAUAAACUUUCACUGCCUACCCUAAAACCAAACACCCUCCCUCCUUCUUCCCUUCUUCUUCUUCUCCUUUCCUGCUCGACGGAGUUCUUCUUCUUCUUCUUCUUUAAUCGUUUCUGGGUAUAGUACGUUUUUGUGGGUUGUUCUUGUUGAAGGGUUUCAUCAUGGACAACGAGUAUGACAAACUUAUCAGGCGCCUGAACCCGCCCAGGGUUGUGAUUGACAAUAGCGCUUGUAAGGAUGCUACAGUGAUCCAGGUUGACAGUAUGAACAAACAUGGGAUUCUCUUGAAAGUUGUGCAAGUCCUCAUGGAUAUGAACCUAAUAAUUACCAAAGCUUACAUCUCCUCUGAUGGAGGUUGGUUCAUGGAUGUUUUUAAUGUUAUUACUUAUGAGGGAGGCAAAAUCAGAGAUCAAGAAGUGAUAAACGCCAUUCAAAUGAGGCUUGAGGUUGAUGCGAGUUUCGUGCCAUCCUUGAGGGAGUCCGUCGGUGUGAUGCCAUCCGAAGAUCACACCUCAAUCGAGCUGUCUGGUACUGACAGGCCUGGUUUAUUGUCUGAAGUUUGUGCUGUUCUUGCGGACCUUCACUGUAAUGUAGUAAAUGCUGAUGUUUGGACACACAAUAAUAGGGCUGCAGCUGUAGUACAUGUGACAGAUGAUGCCACUGGCCGAGCAAUCAACGAUCCGCAGCGGCUCUUAACAAUCAAAGAAUUAUUGUGCAAUGUUCUUAGAGGGAAUGGCGAGUUAAAGGAAGCCAAAAUGACCCUUUCUCCUCCUGGGGUCACCAGCACAGACAGAAGGCUGCAUCAGAUCAUGCUGGCUGAUAGAGAUUAUGAAAGGGCUGCCAAAACCAGGCUUGAGGUUGAAGAUAAGAACACGAGACCCCAUGUUACUGUCUUGGAUUGCACUGAGAAGGAUUAUACUGUGAUUACUACCAGAUCUCGAGAUCGGCCUAAGCUGCUAUUUGAUAUCAUUUGCACUUUGACGGACAUGGAAUAUGUUGUCUUUCAUGGGAUGGUCAACACUGGGAGGAUGGAAGCUUAUCUGGAAUUUUACAUAAGACAUAAGGAUGGGUUGCCGAUUAGCUCCGAAGCGGAAAGAGAUAGAGUAUUGCACUGUCUUGAGGCAGCCAUUGAAAGAAGGGAGUCUGAGGGGCUUAAGCUAGAACUGCAUGCAGAAGACAGAGUUGGGCUUCUCUCAGAUAUCACAAGAAUAUUUAGGGAGAACAGCUUGUGUAUCAGGAGAGCAGAAAUAGCCACCAAACGUGGAAAAGCAAAAGACAUUUUCUAUGUCACUGACAUGACAGGAACCACCAUUGAUACUAAGAUCGUCGAGUCCAUUCGAAAACAGAUCGGCAAUGCCAUGCUACAGGUGAAACAGAACUCGUCUCUCUCUGAAACGCCUCCAAAGGAUACGUCGACAGGAUUCUUCUUGGGGUACUUCUUCAAAGCAAGAACUUUCCAGAAUUUCAAAUUGAUAAGAUCCUACUCUUGAAAGCCAGCUGCUCUACCCUUUGUGUGUAUUAUAUUCUUUCGCAAGUAAAAAAGCUGCACAGAUACAUGACAAGUUCAUUCAAGGGGCAAUGUAAAUAUAUAGGAACCCUUCCUUCAACCCUUAUAAUUGAGGGUUUACAUCAGCUCAAAUUGUAGGUAAUAAACCCAGAAGAAACCAACCAAGGCAAGCUUGGUUGGGAUGUAUGUAUAUGUUGUCUUUUAAGAAAAUGAUUUGUACAGGAUAGUGUAGUGUGUGGUAAAUGCUGUUUCUACAAAAAUUGUAGAAAACUGUAAAGCUCUAUAAUUAUUGGCUUCGGACCGAUGGAAGUAGAUGCAGAAAAUGGUCUGCUUAAUGUAUGUCAAGUCGUGCUUCUCACUUACUUUAGAAUAAUGGAUGACAGAGUCUAGUGCCUUCAAUGUUAGGUAAUUCAUUA